AGAUUAGAUAUAGAUAGAUAUAUAAAAUUUCAAAUAAAAACUCGAAGACUAAACAACUCAAAUCGUUCUUUUUUUGUGUUGGAUCCACAAUUAAUCCUAUGGAUCCUUAGGAUUGGGAUAUUCUUUUAGAUCCUGUAGUUUCCCUGGAUCGAGACAGGUAUCACAACUUUUUCUACCCAUCCUGUAUAUUGUCCUUUUUGUUCCGUAUUGUACUAGAAACUUAACUUAUUAUUAGUUAUUAGAAGAUUAGAUUAGACGAGAUUUUACGAAAAAAUUGUUCGUAGGAGAGAAUUAAUCUUUUUUUUUCAAUACUCACACUCCUUCCUUAUAUUAGUUAAUAAUUCUAGUAAUAAUUUUAAUUUUGUAUUUAUAUGUUUAUUCUGGUAGAAAAUCGGAUAUUCAAAUAUCAAAUAAAUUCUUUUUUGUCGAAUGACUAUUCAUCUAUUGUAUUUUCAUGCAAAUAUGGAGCAAGAAAACUCUAUGAAAAGCUGGUGGUUCAAUUCGACGUUAUUUAAGAAGGAGUUCGAACACGGAUGUAGGCUAAGUAAAUCAACGGGCAGUCUUGGUCCUAUUGAAAAUGCCGGCAAAAGUAAAGAUCUGAAGAUAAAUGAUACGGAUAAAAACAUUCAGAGUUGGAGUGGUCAUGACAAUUAUAGUAAUGUUGAUCUUUUUUUUGGCGUCAAGGACAUUCGGAAUUUCAUCUCUGAUGAUACUUUUUUAGUUAAAGAUAGUAACGGGGACAGUUAUUCUAUAUAUUUUGAUAUUGAAAAUAAUAUUUUUGAGAUUGAUAAUGAUCAUCCUUGUAGUGAACUAGAAAGUUCUUUUUAUCGGAAUUCUAGUUAUCUGAAUAAUGGAUCUAAGAGUAAGAAUCCCGACCACGAUCAUUACAUGGAUGAUACUCAGUAUACUUGGAAUAAUCACAUUAAUAGUUGCAUUGACACUUAUCUUCAGUCUCAAAUCUGUAUUGAUAGUUACACUGUAAGUGGUAGUGACAAUUCCAGUAACAAUUACAUUUCUAGUUCCAUUUGUGGUAAAAGUGGAAAUACUAGUAAAAAAGUCGGAAGGAGUAUACGACAAGGUUCUACUAAGCUGGAUGUAACUCAAAAAUACAAGCAUUUGUGGGUUCAAUGCGAAAAUUGUUAUGGAUUAAAUUAUAAGAAAUUUUUUAAAUCAAAAAUGAAUCUUUGUGAACAAUGUGGAUAUCAUUUGAAAAUGAGUAGUUCUGAUAGAAUCGAACUUUUGAUCGAUCGGGGUACUUGGGAGCCUAUGGAUGAAGACAUGGUUUCUCUGGAUCCCAUUCAAUUUCAUUCGGAGGAGGAGCCUUAUAAAAAUCGUAUCGAUUCUUAUCAAAGAAAGACAGGAUUAACCGAGGCUGUUCAAACGGGCAUAGGGCAAUUAAACGGUAUUUCCGUAGCAAUAGGGGUUAUGGAUUUUCAGUUUAUGGGGGGUAGUAUGGGAUCCGUAGUCGGGGAGAAAAUUACCCGUUUGAUUGAAUAUGCUACUAAAGAAUUUCUACCUCUUAUUAUAGUGUGUGCUUCUGGAGGGGCACGUAUGCAAGAAGGAAGUUUGAGCUUGAUGCAAAUGGCUAAAAUAUCUUCUGCUUUAUAUGAUUAUCAAUCAAAUAAAAAAUUAUUCUAUGUACCAAUCCUUACAUCUCCUACUACUGGUGGGGUGACAGCCAGUUUUGGUAUGUUGGGGGAUAUCAUUAUUGCCGAACCCAAUGCCUACAUUGCCUUUGCGGGUAAAAGAGUAAUUGAACAAACAUUGAAUAAAACAGUACCCGAAGGUUCACAAGCGUCUGAGUAUUUAUUCCAGAAGGGUUUAUUCGAUCUAAUCGUACCACGUAAUCCUUUAAAAGGCGUUCUGAGUGAGUUAUUUCAACUCCACACUUUCUUUCCUUUGAAUCAAAAUUAGAACAUUAAGUCCAUUAUUUUAUUUUGAGCAAACAAGUAAUUCGUUUAUCGGAAUACAAGUGAAAUUGAGACGAAAGGGUUUUCUUUGUUGACAUAAGAUCUAAUUGUAUAACGAAUCAAAAGUCACAUAAAAUCGGAAAUCUGACCCUUUUUCUAUAUUCCUGAUUAUUGAUCAAGAAGUCUCUAUUAAUAAGAUAACAAGAUAAAAGAUGAAAUUCUUUUUUUCGUGAAAUUAGGCAAAUAAAAAAUCUUCUUCUCGUCAUAUAUAAUUAAAUUAAAAUCUAGAAAAUAUAGUUUUUAUCUUUCUAUAGCGUACGAUAAUC